AUGCCCUCCCAAUCUCAGGGCUACGGUCUUGUCCAGUAUGCCAAUGGAAAUACUCAUCAUCACAACCCAAACCUCGCACCACAACAUCACCAUCAUCAGUCCCUCAAUGGCUUUACUCCGAUUACGCACUACCACCAGUCGCCGGCUGGUCCGCACUCCCAGCCUCAUCGAGCAGCAGCAUCGCCUCCAGUUGCGACUGCUGUCGCCCAAAUACCAAAACAUUGGCAAUCUCAACUCGACCAUUAUGAUGCCUGCCGGAAGGCAGGGGCUCCGCACACGCGCGCACGAAAUGCAACAUCCAAUACCCGCAAUGCGAGUAAGGGUGUCGCUAUAACUGACCCUAACCGAAUCACUCCGAAACUUCAGAAUGGCAUCCCCAACGACGACACGGCGCCAAAGGAAACAAACGACGACGAGCCGACGGUUGAAGGACCUGAAGGACAUCCGUCAUCGACUGUUGCGCCCGUCAAAUCACCAACCUUAGCCCGGCCUGCCGUUUCUCGAAAAGCUGAAAACACUUGGAACGCCUUAGAUCUUGGAGGUAUGCGGCUCAAGAAUCUGGCCCCGACAUUGUUCCAUUUCCUCCACCUUACCACACUCUACCUCAACCAUAACCAACUUACCCACAUCCCUUCCGCUAUCUCGCAUCUUCGCAACCUUGCUCUUUUGGACCUUUCCGCCAACCAGUUGGAAGCACUCCCCCCAGAACUUGGCAUGUGUGCCUCACUUGAACAUCUUUGGUUGUUUGACAAUCGUCUCGAGACCUUGCCACCUGAGAUUGGAAGUCUUCAUCAACUCCGGAUGCUUGGAAUCGAAGGCAACCCCCUUCAAGCGUCAUUGAUGCAGAUCAUGCAAGAACGGGGCACACAAGCGCUCAUCGCCCAUCUUCGAGAUAUGUGUCCCGUUCCAAUGCCACCCCCCGAAAGAGCAUGGCGGAUCCUUCAAUCAGGAGCUGAGAGAAAGGCUCAGGAUGACUCAGAAACUUUUACAGUCUUAAGUUACAACAUUCUUUGGGAGAAAGCAGCCACUUCGACGAUGUAUGGGUAUACACCCUCCUGGGCCCUUUCCUGGAACUAUCGUAAGGAAGUCAUCCUCACGGAGCUUAUGAACCAUGAUCCAGACUUCAUGUGUCUGCAGGAAGUAGAUUCUGCGCAAUAUGAGGAAUACUUCUUGCCUCAUUUGGCUGAGCGAGGCUACGAAGGCGUAUAUUCUCCCAGGGGCCGCGCUCGCAAUCUAUCGGAGAACGAACGGCGAUCAGUGGAUGGUUCGGCUACGUUUUUUAAAUCUGCCAAAUAUCGCCUUGUAAAGCAUUCGACCAUCGAUUUUGCUCAAGUUGCUAUUCAGCGCGAUGAUUUCCUCAAGAACAAUGACAUGUUUGAUCGUUUACUUGCCCGUGAUCAUAUCGCUCUCGUUACGCUCAUGGAGAAUAGGAAGACGGGCGGCCGUCUCAUUGUCGCCAACGCCUACCUUCUUUGGGACCCGGCCUAUCGCGACGUGAAGCUCAUUCAGACCGGGAUUCUCAUGGAGAUGCUGAAGGAAAUCGCUGACUGGUUCGCACGAUAUCCACCCCGUCCACCCUCCGAACGCGAACCUGAUCCAGAUCCAUCCAAUCCGCUACCGCCGGACCCAACGUACGCGAAUGGGAAGGAAAUACCUCUUGUUCUUGCCGGUGACUUCAACUCAAUACCCGGCAGUGGCGUCUACGAUUUCCUGUUGGAAGGGCACGUGCCAAGCAAUCACCCAGAUUUCAUGGAUUACUCCUAUGGCAAGUUCACAGCCGACGGAUUAAGGCAUGACUUUGGGUUAAGGAGUGCCUAUGCGGGCAUUGGCGAGUUGCCUCUUACUAAUCACACGCCUAGCUUUGAUGGGGUUAUCGAUUACAUCUGGCACGCCACCUCAACGCUUGCAGUAAAUGCCGUACUGGGAGAAGUUGAUCAGGAGUAUCUGUCCAAGGUCAUUGGGUUCCCGAACCCCCACUUUCCCUCUGACCACAUUUGUGUCAUGUGCGAGUUCCGCCUCAAAAAGGACCAGACCCGCUCGGCCCCUCCUGCACCUUCACUGAACGGGAACCCUUAG